AUGGCCGAAGCUUUGUUGGGCUUUGUGAUUCAAAAUUUGGGAUCUUUUGUUCAAGACCAACUUGGACCUUACUGGGGUGUUGAACAACAAACUCAGAAGCUUUCCAACAAUCUCACCGCAAUUCGUGCUGUUCUCAGAGAUGCUGAGAGAAAGCAAACAACAAGUCAUGCAGUGAAGGAUUGGCUGCAGAAACUCACAGAUGCAGCAUAUGUGCUUGAUGAUAUCUUGGAUGAAUGUUCAAUUCACUCCACAAAGGUGCAUUCUGAUGGACAUACUUCGUGCCUAUCCCGUCUCCAUCCUAAGGACAUUGUCUUUCGUUUCAAUAUUGGCAAGAGGAUGAAAGACAUCACACAAAGAUUUCACGACAUUAAUGAAGAGAAGAGCAGGUUUAAUUUAGAACAUGGUGUCACACAGGUGCAAACAGUGGAUGAUGAUUGGCGCCAAACUAGCUCAGACAUUACAGAGCCUGUAGUCUAUGGCAGAGACCAGGAUCGAGAGCAAAUUGUGAAGUUUCUUGUAGAAGAUGCUAGUAACAGUGAAGACCUCUCCAUCUAUCCCAUAGUUGCUAUGGGUGGGCUUGGCAAAACAACACUUGCCAAGCAGGUCUUCAAUGAUCACAGGGUAUGCAAACAUUUUGAUUUGACAAUUUGGGUGUGUGUUUCUGAUGAUUUCAACACCAAGACAAUACUACAAUCCAUGAUAGAAUGUAUCACUGGACAAAAUCCAAAUCUCAAUAGCUUAGAAGCAUUGCGGAAAAGGGUUGAAGAACUGUUGCAUGGCAAGAGGUAUUUACUUGUUCUUGAUGAUGUGUGGAAUGAAGACCAAGAGAAAUGGAAGCAGUUGAAGGGGAAGUUGCAAUGUGCAAGGGCAGCAAAAGGCGCUACCAUUUUGAUCACCACUCGACUCGAGGAAGUUGCCUCCACCAUGCAAACGCAUCCUGCCUACCACUUGAAAGAAUUGUCAGGAGACGACAGUUGGUCAUUGUUUAAACACCAUGCGUUUGGACCAAACCGAGAAGAAAUGGAAGAGCUCGUGGCAAUUGGCAAGGAGAUAGUGAGAAAAUGCAUUGGUUUGCCCCUUGCCAUAAAAACUCUGGGAAGCCUCUUGCGUGAUCAAAGUGAGGUAAGACAAUGGAAAAAUGUAAAAGAAAGUGAGAUUUGGGAUAUACGAGAGGAUAGUAAUUCUAUGACAAGUGAGGAAAAUUCUAUUAUGCGUGUUUUGAAACUUAGCUAUUCUAAUCUGGAGUUGUCUCUGAAGAGAUGUUUUUCCUUUUGUGCAAUUUUCCCCAAAGAUUUUGUGAUAGACAAGGAAGAAUUGAUUCAUCUCUGGAUGGCUAAUGGAUUUAUUGAAUGUGAGGGAAACAUAGAAGUGGAGGAUGUUGGAAAUAAGGUGUGGAAUAAAUUAUACCGUAGAUCAUUUUUUCAAGAAGCAAAGUUUGAUGAGUUUGGUAUAAUCACAAGUUUCAAGAUGCAUGAUCUAUUUCAUGAUCUUGCCCGGUCUAUCAUGGGUGAAGAAUGUGUGGCUUUCGGAAAAGGAAGGUUGACUCCGUUGUCAAGCAGAGUUCACUAUUCAACCUUGUUAUCUGAUGUGUCUUUUCGAGGAUUCACGAAUGCUUUCAAGAAAGUUGAAUCCCUGCGGACUUUUCUUGAUUUGCGGACUUCUUUUGAAUUAAAUAAUUUAUGUCCGGUGCCAUCAAACCAUUCUCUCCGAGCAUUAUGCACAAAUUCUUCUUUGUUAUCCCCACUCAAGGAUUUAACACAUUUGAGAUACUUGAGUUUGAGUCAUAGUGACAAAGCAAGCUUAAAUAACUCAAUUUGUCAAAUGCCGAAAUUGCAAAUUUUGAAACUGCAAGAUUUCAUCUUUCUUCGUGGGCUGCCCAAAGACUUGACACAAUUACAAGAUCUAAGACAUAUUGUUAUGAAUCAAUGCAAUUCAGUAGUAAAGACGCCUCCCAAAAUUAGCAAGUUAAGGCAUCUAAGAACACUAAGUCUUUUCGUGGUGGGUUCAAAGCCAGGAUGUGGGUUAGCAGAGUUGCAUGCCUUAAAACUGGGAGGCGCGCUGAGAAUCAGAGGCCUUAAGAACGUCCCCAAUGAAUGGGAUGCUAAACAAGCAAAUUUGACUGCUAAGGAGGACUUGAAUAUCCUGCACUUGUCAUGGGAUGGUAGUGCUAAUUCAAAAAGUAGUAAUGUUAGUGUGGAGAGAGUACUGGAAGCCCUGAAACCUCCGUCAACUCUGAAGAGUUUUGAGAUGAAUGGAUAUGAGGGAAAACAGCUAUCCAGUUGGAUGAGAAGUUCCAUAAUUUUGAGAGACUUGGUGAAAGUUAAGCUCUGGAACUGUGAAAACUGUGAGGAGCUUCCCCCAUUUGGUAAACUACCACACCUGAAAAGGUUAGAAGUGAGUGGAAUGGAAAAUGUGAAGUGCAUAGAUGGUGAGACGUAUGAGGGCGUGGAGGAGAAGGCAUUUCCAUCGUUGGAGGAAUUGAGUGUGGAUAAUUUACCAAAUUUGAAGAGGUUGUUGAGGGAUGAAAGAGUAGAGAUGGUACCUCAUCUUUUCCAAUUAAGGAUUCAGAGGGUCUCCAACCUUAAAUGUCCACGUCUUCCUGCUGUUGAGAAACUUGAUGCUCGAGGGAUUGGCGAAGCGGCUUCCUUCAUGGAAGUUGUGGGGAAUACGGCUUGUCUAAAGACCUUGCGCAUUGAAUUCAUUAAAGGAGUGGUGGUAUUACCCGACCAAUUUAGCAGGUUGGGUGCACUACAAGAACUAAACAUUGCAGAUUGGUAUGAUGUGGAGUAUUUCCCAGAACAUGUGUUGGAAGGUCUAACUUCUCUUCGAAUCUUACGUAUUUAUAGGUGUGAGAAAUUAAAAUCCUUGUCUGAAGGUGUUCGACAUUUGGCAUGUCUUGAGAGAUUGACGAUCAGAGAAUGUCCAGAGUUGAUGGUUCUACCAAGCAAUAUGAGCCAACUAACUGCCCUUCGAGACGUGUCAAUCCUGUAUUGCUCCACAUUACCAGAAGGCUUACAACGUGUCCCCUCCCUACGUUCUUUGUAUAUAUUGGAUUGCAACUCUACUUCAUUGCCGGAUUGGCUGGGAGACAUCACUUCUCUUCAACAAUUAAGCAUUGACUAUUGUAUGGAGUUGAGGUCACUGCCGAGUAGCAUUCAACGCCUCACCAACUUGUCUCAUUUAAGUAUAAGCGACUGUCCUUAUCUGUAUACGCGGUGCAAGAGGGAAACAGGGGAAGAUUGGCAAUACAUAAACCACGUUCCAAAAAUAGAACUACAUUUGACGUGGAAACCGACGUUUUGUGAUGAAUUAAAGAGUGUUUUUCGUACUUCUUUCCGUAAUGUUUCACUCUGUCCUUGAAAAUAUUGUGUACCCUUUUGCGCGGUGUAUAUAUUGAAUAUAAACAAGGUUUGAUUGUGUAUAUUCGAUUGCAACUCUACUUCAUUGCCGGACUGGCUUGGAGACAUCACUUCUCUUCAACAAUUAUACAUUGUGAACUGUUGGGAGUUGAGGUCACUGCCGAGUAGCAUUCAACGCCUCACCAACUUGUCUCAUUUAAUCAUACUCGGAUGUCCUCAUCUGGAGAAGCGGUGCAAGAGGGAAACAGGAGAGGAUUGGCAAUACAUAAACCACAUUCCAGAUAUAAAACUAUUUUCAUGAUGAAACCCACUUUUUAUGGAUUUUAAUGAAGUUCUUGUUGUUGCUUAUCUGGAUUGCAUGCUAUGAAUAAGCAUAGCAGUGAUUCAAAGGGACCUCACUUCUUUUUAAGUCUUCUAAUUUGGCUAGCUCCUCAGUAAAUAAAUCAACACCCAAAUCUUAUUUUCAGGAGGUUAUAACUUCGAAGAUGAUUACUUUGGUAGAUGAGGUGGAUCACUUGUAUUUUCUCACAGAAUCUCCUUCAACACUAAAUCCUAAAUUUUAGUCAAAUGAUUUUUUUUUUUCUGAACAAUGAAAUCCUCUAUUUCUAUUGGUGCUUUGUAACAUUUUAAGUUUGGACACAUUUCUACUUAUACAAGGACUAUGUUUCCUGGAUUGUAUUCUUUUAUUUAUAAUUGUAACUUCAAUCACA